GCGAAUCAUCUACAUUCGAUUGUUCCGAGCCGUCCGCAACACACGCAUCUCGCCCAUUGGCAUGUACCUCGCCUACAAGGGAACCGGCCUUGGAGAUGUCAAGAUACAUUGUUGGCAAUCCGAAGAACGUCAGGUCAGUAACCGCUGGAGCUUGAUAUGUAGCAGAGCUGAUUCGGACGCAGGAGGAAACACAAUUGCAUUCAUCCCAAUUGUCAGAGGUGGCAUGUCUAAGCACUUCAUAUGGAGGAUGAAAUGUCUUGUGGUGUAUGAUGCUGCGAGAAGAAAGGAAUGGGCGCAUGCAGACUCGAUAGUAGACGGGUUCGCAGAGAUUUUCAUACCAGAGCUACCUUUGACCCUACACCUCUUCUCCAGACCCAUAAUAACAAACGACAAGAUGGUUCCUGCACUAAGAAAGAUCCUCAUCAUCAACCCAAAUUCGACGAGAUCCAUGACAAAUGCGCUCAAGCCGCUGGUUGACUCUCUGGGCUAUUCAUCGCACACAUAUUUCACGGCACCUUCAGGACCAGCAUCCAUCAACAAUGAAGACGACGCGGCAGAGUCGGCGAGACACUGUUUAGAACCUCUGCUUCCACUGCUCGAAACACAUGACGCUUUCCUUGUCUGCUGUUACUCGGCACAUCCUCUGGUUGGACAGCUCAAGGCGAGACCGGAAAUUGCUGGCCGUCGCAAGCCGGUGACUGGUAUCUUCGAAGCAUCUAUCAGUAGCAGCUUGCAGGCCAUCGGACCCGGCGAGCGCUUUGGCAUUGUGAGCACGGGUAAGGUCUGGGAAGCGACGUUGCGCGAAGCUGUGGAUAACUAUCUAGGUGUUGAGGACAACACCGAGGGCAGUGCAGCAUUCGCUGGAGUGCAGACGACGGGGCUCAAUGCUACAGAGUUACAUGACACAUCACCAGUCGAGGUCCGCAGCCGUAUGAAGAAGGCAGUGGCGAGACUGUUGAUUGACGAUGCUGGAGGUCCGGUUGGAGCGGUAUGUCUUGGGUGCGCAGGUAUGGCCGGAUUUGAUGACAUGGUCAGAGAAGCAGCUAUCGAGACAUUGGGUCAUGGUCAAGGAUCAAAGGUGCGCAUCGUCGAUGGUGUUGUAGCCGGUGUGACAUGGCUAGAAGGGGCUCUACGAUCAGGGAUG